AUGAACAACAUAAAAGUGGAAGUAGAAAGUCCAGAAAAUGCCAGCACAAGCAGAAAACGACAACUUGAGACAGAGCCACAAACUCCGCGAGAGAAGAAGAAACUGACGUUAGAUGAUCAGUACGAAAAGCUGAUCAAGAUCAAGCUGAAAUUUGUCGAAAAGAACAAAGGUGAGAUACCCGCUCUCCAUUUCGCGGCAAGAGUGUCCGAUGUUGACGUUUGUCGGCGCCUCGUGGAGCAGGGCGCCGACGUCAACGAAAAAUGCGUCGUUCGAGGCGCCACUCCCCUGCACUAUGCCGCCCUGAACGCUGCCAAUGGCUAUAGUCUGAUCGAAUUCUUCCUUGAAAAAGGUCAUUUUGCCAUGCUUGAUACGGCUUGCCAGUUUGGAGAUCUGGAGAUGUGCAAGUGGCUGCUGGAAGAAGUCAAAAUCGACGUCAACCAGUGUAAGGUGGCUGAUUGGAAAGACAAAGUUCGUAGUGCAGCUGCCAGGAACCGCAAAAAUGAAGCAAAAGAUGUGAUCUUCUGUGCAAAUGAAUUGGAAGAGUUGUUCAAGAGAGUUGCUGUCAUAAAGAUCAAACUUGGAAGCAAAAAUUUUUUGCAGUUAUGUGUGUCACGCAACAGACUAGAAGCUGCGAAAUUCGUGCACGAAAAGGACGGAGACCUCAUCAAUGAGAUCAAUGGGGACGGAACGACAACUCUCCAUCUCGCAGCGCAGCUUGGAGACGUGGAAAUUUGCCAGUGGCUGAUUGACCAGGGCCAAGACAUCAACGCCGUGAACAAACAAACCUUUGCCAACUUUCUCCACUACUCUGCUCAAAACAGAUUGUAUGGAGAUUCGAUCAUUCAAGAAUUUGGACAUAAUUUGCGCGGAAUCGUGAACCAAAUCGAUGAAAACGUCUACACUCCACUCCAUUACGCCAUACUCAACGAAAGACAACACGAAAAUGUGGCAGAGGCUUUGCUUGAACUUGGUGCUGAUUUGAGCGUGAAAAGAAAAGGAAACAACUUCCUUCACUUCUGCAUCGUUAUGGGCAAGUUGGAAUGUGCAAAAUUCGUGCAUGCCAAGGAUAAAAAUCAGAUCAAGGAAAAGGGAGAAGGAGGAAAAACCACACUUCACCUUGCUGCUGACAACUUUAAUGAAGAAAUAUGCGCAUGGCUGGUAAGGGACGAGGGUGCCGAUCCCCAAGAAAUUACCGUCGGAGGAAAAUCGGUGCUUGAAUCUACUUCCAGUGAGGAGGCCAAGAAGUGCCUCCAAUCGUUGAUCACAACCAAGUAA